AUUUACCCAUGUAAAAAGUUAUUUUAGUGUGUGUGUGUGUGUGUUUUUAGGGGUGGGUUCUUGUACAAACUUACAAACCUACAAACUUUAUGUGUUCAACACAUAUAUAAUUUGAGUUCAACAUUUUUUAACAUAUUUUGUUGAACAUCGAUUAAAAUUGUGUUGGAGAAGUACGAUAACUAAUUUUUCAAUGUAAGAACUAAGUUAAACGUAUUAUGUAACUAAUAUUUAUGUUUACAGACCCUACCCAAACCCCAGAGGUAUAGUUUAAGCAUCUUUAUAGAUAUAUUCAACAUAAUGAUAAUUAAUGUUCUACACCCGAUGUUGAACCCCAGUUACAAAUGUGUUGAAUGCACGAUUUAUUUAUGCGUUAUUUUUAAAAAUUGUGAUGUUUUUUCAAGAAUUUUCAACAUGGAUACUUUCUAUAACUAAGGAUUAACACAAUGGGAGAAUAAAAGAAAUUCAAAAAAAAAAGUUUGUAAGUUUGUAACUUAAAAAAGUUUUUAUUUGAUCCUAUAUAUAUAGCGGCCGUUUGGCCAAGUAUAAAAAAAGUGUCUUCUUGCUUAAAGUAAAGAAGUGGAGAAGUGAGAAGUAAAUAAGUUAAUAAAGUGUUUGGAAAAAAAGCAAAAGCUGUGAGAGAGAAGCUAGCAUUCACAGCUUCUUAAAAGUGCUUCCACUUCAUUACACAAACGGGUCAAAAAAAGUAGAAGCCAGAAGCAGAAUUUGCUUCUUGUUCCCAAACAGGCUCAUAUAUAUAUAUAUAUAGGCUCAUGCCUUACAUGGGCUUAUAUGCUAGUUAAAUAUUAUUUAUCUACACAUAUAUUACAUUUACAUGCAUGCAUUUAUAAGCAGAUGACAACAUGACAUAUACUGCUGCCACUUGUCUCAUCCUAAUUAAAACUAAAUCUUCGCUAUAUAUACGGGAUUUUAUAGGGGCACUCCAUAAUCUCUACAAUAGAGUAUUUUUCAUUUGUGGGUCCACAUUUCAAACGUAUGGGACCACAUAUUGAAAUCAGUGGCAGUGAUAUAUCAGUCAGUUUCUGCUCUAAACUCCUCUAUACAUCACCCUAUUUUUAAUUUCUAAUGCAAAGCAAUCUUUCUUUCUUUUGUCUUUUACUACUCAAAUAUUUUAUACCCAGCUGGAUACCAUUAAUUUUAAUGUAACAUUCUAAUAUGUAGAAUAUCUGCUUUCAUUGUAAAGCACUACAUCCCAUUUAGAUUUUUCAUUGUGUUUUUUAUAAUAUAAAUAUUACAUAUAUUUUGGUUGUGUCACAACAAGGUCUCUCAUUCAUCCCUUUUUUGAUUCAACAAUCUAGUACUUCACCGCACUCAUGGCUCUUCAAAAAAGGUAUGUUCUUUGUUUUGAUUUUCUUGAUCAAUUUUCGUUCUUGUCAUUUUUAGUGAUUUUUAUGAUCUCCAAUAACAUGUUUGUUUUUCAAGGUGAUUCUUAAUUUAAUUGAGUUAUGUGAGAUUAUAAUCGAAUGUGUUCUUUGCAAGUUUAUAUGUCAAGAUUUGAUUUUUUUUUACUAUUUGGGUUUGUGUGCUGCUAGUUUGAUAUGUGAUGAUCAUUUGUGGAGCAACGAAUUUAGAAGAGGGGUGUUUUUGGUCAAGGCAUCUUAGGGAUUAUUUUUUAUGGACACAGAUUAAUUUUUUUUUAUUUUUGUGGGGUCUUAUGUUUUUAUUUAACAAAAUUUCUAAGGUAAAUAAACAAUAUUUUGAUUAUGAGAUACAUGUCCUUGUGGCCCAUCCUAGAUCGCCUCGAUUUUUGGUUGUUGUUUAUGAUUUGAUUUGGUUCAAGGCUUGUUUGGCUAUUCGUAUAAUUUGUUUUUGUUUUUCCAAUUCUGCCUCAAGAUUGUCAGAUAUGGGAAUUGAAGAGGCUAGCAAAAGUGCAGUAGAGAGUUGCCAUAGUGUAUUGGAUCUCAUUUCCAAGACUAAAGAUCAGAUUGAAUAUGGAAACUUAUCUGUGAAAACUGAGGAAUCUGUGGCUAAGUUCAAGAAAGUUGUGUCUAUUCUUGAUGUUGGUUUGGGUCAUGCAAGGGCGAGAAAGUCCAAGAACCUUCAAACCCCUUGUCCCCGAAACAUAUUGUUAGACAACCCUAUUAUUGGAAUUAAUUAUCAACCUACAGCGUACCAGCUUCCUCCAACUAAUUCUGGUGAUAUUUCAACUCAUGGUAUGGGUACAAAUGCUAAGAAUAAUUUUAAUUCUGAAAAGUUGUCUCUAGAAUCGAGUUCAAGUUUGAAACCCACAACUCAGAUCGUCCAACAGACACCACAACAAUCAAACUAUCAAUUUCAUUUACACCCGCUCCAGCAAAAAUUUCAACAGCACCAACAGCUAAAACAACCAACUGCAAGCAUUUUUCAGAAGAGCAAUAGCACCAGUUGUAUCAACCUGAAUUUUGAAAAAGCUACAUGUACACCUUCAAAUUCUAUGUCAUCCACCAGGUCCUUUAUGUCUUCAUUGAACGGCAGUGGCAGUGCGACUAAUUUGGAUGGAACUGCAUUUCGUUUAAUUGGCGAAACCCGCUCUCUUGAUCAGGGAUCAUAUCAGCAUAAACGGAGUUGCCCUGCAAGAGGAGAGGGUGGUAGAUGCCACUGCUCAAAGAACAGAAAGCAUAAAAUAAGAAGAUCAAUCAAAGUACCUGCUACCAGCCCUAGGCUUGCAAACAUCCCUGGUGAUGAGUAUUCAUGGAGAAAAUAUGGGCAAAAGCCAGUCAAAGGCAGUCCUCAUCCUAGAGCUUACUAUAAAUGUACCAGCAUGAGGAAUUGCCCUGCAAGGAAAAAAGUGGAGAGGUGCUUGGAAGAGCCAUCGAUGCUAACUAUUACUUAUGAAAAUGAGCAUAACCAUCCAAGAAUGUUGGUCCCAAAUCUGUCAUGAAAAACUCGAUAUAUGGCCUAUACAAGUGAUGUUACUUUAUAUGGCAUAUAUGGUGUACUGAAAGGUUUCAUAGAAUUUAUUUAAAUUGAUCAAAAGUAUUGUGGAGCAUACAAUGACAGCAAGGGCAAAGGAAGCUAUUUCCAUAAAUUGGUUUUCAUUUUGGUAAGAACUAUUCUAGUUCGAAAAGGAGACACAACCUUUUUUACUUU